CAACAGUCCCUCCCACCCAACCACCCAACCACCCAACCCACCAUGACCACCCGCUACCGUGUUGAAUAUGCCCUCAAGUCCCACCGACGGGACCAACUGAUCGAGUGGAUCAAAGGCCUGCUAGCAGUACCAUUCGUCCUGCAUUCACAGCCCACCGCCGUCUACCAGGAGCACAGCGAGAACCUGAUCGCGGUCGCCGCCGACACCCACCAACGGUAUGCGGAGAUCUUCCGCGACGUGGAGAAGCUGAUCCGCGACCACAUCACGCACCAGGCGCAGGAGGCGCCCGGCAAGUCGAAGCUCAAGCUGCUGGUGCCGACGGUGGGCUCGUUCUUCACGCCGCUGUUCCUGGAGGACGCCUUCAACUACCAGGACCGGCAGCGGUUCAUCAGCCGGCGGCGCUUCGUGGCGCCCUCCUUCAACGACGUGCGGCUGAUCCUCAACUCGGCCCAGCUGUUCGGCCUGGCCCGCACCACCGGCGUCGACCUGGUCACCUUCGACGGCGACGUGACCCUCUACGACGACGGCGCCUGCCUGACCGACGACAACCCGGUCAUCGCGCGCAUCACCCGCCUCCUCCUGGCCGGCCGCAAGGUCGGCAUCGUCACCGCCGCCGGCUACACCGAGGCCGCCAAGUACUACGAGCGGCUGCGCGGCCUGCUCGAUGCCAUGCACGCCUCCCCCAGCCUGACCGACCCCCAGCGCGCCGGCCUCGUCGUCAUGGGCGGCGAGAGCAACUUCCUCUUCCGCUACGACCACGCCUCCCCGCACCGCCUCGUCUACGUGCCCCGCUCCGAGUGGGUGCUCGAGGACAUGCGCUCCUGGCAGGAGGGCGACAUCACCGAGUUGCUGGACAUCGCCGAGUCCUCGCUCCGCGCCUGCGCCGCCAACCUCAGCCUGCCCGUCGCCGUGCUCCGCAAGGACCGCGCCGUCGGCGUCUACCCCCUCGACCGCAGCAAGAUCACCCGCGAGCAGCUCGAGGAGACCGUGCUCGUCGUGCAGAACACCGUCGAGCGGUCGUCGGUCGGCUCGCGGCUGCCGUUCUGCGCUUUCAACGGCGGCAACGACGUAUUCGUGGACAUCGGCGACAAGUCCUGGGGUGUGCGGGCGUGCCAGAAGUACUUCGGCGGCAUCGAGCCCGCGCGCACGCUGCACGUGGGCGACCAGUUCCUGUCGGCGGGCGCCAAUGAUUUCAAGGCGAGGCUGGCGUCGACUACGGCGUGGAUCGCGAGUCCGGCGGAGACGGUGCAGCUCCUCGAUGAGCUUGAAGGGCUGUCGGAGGUUCAGUGAUUACGUAGGAAUCUGUGUGUUGUUGCUUGUCGGGCAACAAAUGGCUUGGGUUAUGCUCCUGGGCUCAUGGGAGCUGCAAGGACUGCUCGUAUUGCCCGCAGCAGGAGUCUGAUUCUUUGUUGUGAUUUAUCAGCGUGACUUUGUCUGUGAGCGAUGCUUUAUAAUCAACGCCGUUGCCGAGCGG